AAUUAAUACAAUUUGUAGGGAUGCAAAAACCACCAUUUGUAAAUCAGCGAUUCGUCAGUAACAGAGCUGGAUUUUUCGCUUUAUUUUUCACUUCCUUUGACUUACGCCAUCUUUUAACCAUUGAUAAAUUCUCGGUACUCUAACAGAUCCUCAUAUUGAUGGUGCUGGUACCAGUGGCAGUCCAGUCCCUCAUGUUCCAGCCUCUGGACUGUGCAGACAUUUACAACGCUGGCUUUAACAUCAGUGGGGUCUACAGGAUUUAUCUGGCUGGGCCCAGCUCACCCGUCUACGUUUACUGUGACAUGGAAACCGACGGAGGGAAGUGGACGGUGUUCCAGAGAAGGAUGGACGGCACUGUCAACUUCUACAGGGGCUGGGAUCAGUACAAGAGUGGAUUCGGUGAUGUAAAGACAGAGUACUGGCUGGGUCUAGAGACCAUCCAUCUCCUCACUCUGAAGAAGAGAUACGAGCUGAGAGUGGACAUGGAGGACUUCCAGGGAGCCAAGGUCCAUGCCAAAUACUCCUCCUUCGCAAUUUCUCCUAAAGCGAUCAAUGCUGAAAGUGACGGAUACACACUCCAUGUUAGUGGAUUCAAAGAUGGCGGAGCAGGAAAUUCCCUAGAUUCUCACAACAACCAGAAGUUCUCCACCUUUGAUCAAGAUCAGGAUGCUUUCUCUGGCAACUGUGCACUGGACUAUCUGGGAGGAUUCUGGUAUAACCAGUGUCACACUGCAAACCCAAAUGGCAUUUACAUGUGGGGGGCAGUGGACACCCGUGGAAUAACUUGGCAUCACUGGAAGUCAAGCCACUACUCUAUGAAGACCAUCGCUAUGAAGAUGAGGCCAGUGAAUCUCCCCUAA